CACCACUUGUCUCAACCAAUGAUAUGAUAUUUUGAUAUAAAAUUAAAUCAUCUGUUAAGCCAUUAUUUGUCGUUUUUCUUUCGAAACGAUUGUCUUUAAUUUAGUAAUAUUUGAGGAAAAAACAAUACGAGAUUUUUGCAUACAUUGUGUAAAGAAGUCAUUAAUUAGAGUGGGGGAUGGACAAGUUGCUCAUUUUCUUACUUUCUGUUGUGGCACUGACUGUACCUGGAGUACACACGACACAUUUCCGAGGGGCAAUCAUUUCGUGGAGGCCUGGAUCUGCAAAGGAUGAAAUAAUCAUUGAUUACCGCAUAUCAUGGAGGCGGAGCUCGAAUGGCCACUAUUGUGAUAGUUCUACAAUACAAAAUGGCGAGACCGUUUUAGGUGAAGGAUCCCUGAGCUGUUUUAACAAUUGUCAGGGUAGCCUGGGUUCUCUGCACUACCAAUGUACAGACUAUAGUUUAACUGAAGACUGGACCUCUGGUAAAGGCAGGCUGAUCAAAACAUUAACUCUAAGGCUGCAAAAUUCAACUCACUUCGAAUUCGGAUAUGAUAGCGGCAACUGGAUAAGUUCCUUGAUUACUGGUGGUGACGGCGAUUGGCAACUAAGGGUAAAAGGUGAUCUUGCUGCCAGAAAUGAUACCGGUACAAUCAAUUCCUCUCCAAGCGCAGAAAUAACGCCAAUCGUCAGGCUUCAAUACGGAUGCCACCAUACCAUUAAAAUACCAGUUUCAGAUCCCGAUCAAGACAUUGUUAAAUGUCGUUGGGCCUCCAGUUACCAAAAUGAAUGUGGAGAUGUUUGUAAUGGCUUUCCAAAUGCUUACUUAAACAAUACAGCAUGUACAUUGACCUACGACGCUUCGUACUCUACUGGUUGGUACGCUGUAGCGAUUCAAGUUGAAGACUAUGCAAAUGUAAACGCCAGCCAACCCUUGAGUAGCAUCCCUGUGCAAUUCCUUGUCCAAGUGUAUCAGUCCAGCGACUCCUGUUCCGUAAAGCCAGAAAUCAUUGAUCCAUCGCCAAUAGACGGUGCAUGCAUUGUUGUUCCAGUCAAUGAAACUUUUGAGUCAACCAUCACGGCCCAAAUCAGAGGUUCAAACAGAAGUAUAGCUGAGAUCAAGACGACCUCUCCUCUAGGGAUGGUUAAAUCACCAUUAAUGCAGAUAAAUUCAACCACUUGGCAGGUCAAUGUCACAUGGGCACCGACUGCUAUCAAUGAUACAAGCAACGUGUUUUGUUACACAGCGACAGACACAUUCGGACAACAGAGUGUCAGAAGGUGCAUAACAUUGUUAUCAGGAGUUUCGAAGCCUAUGUUUAUUGAUGGGUACGGGUUUCCGUCUCCAACUGGAAUUGUUUCGCCAGAUCAAAGACAUUGGACAGUAGCAGUGGAUAGUCCGUUUGUACGAGGUUCACAGCAUUCUUAUAUCCGGUUGUAUAGCGAAAGAGGUUCACUUCUUGAGACUAUCGACGCCUCUGAUAGCCGAAGAGUCACACUCAACUCGUAUAAUCAGUCUCUUGAAUUUACCACUUCAACAUCUCUUCACGAAAAUCAGUCAUAUUACUUUCUUUUUGAUUCAGGUGUCUUGAGAAGCGCCGCGUACUGUGGUACAGAUUCAGAAGAAAUAAGAGACCCAUACUUCUGGCGAUUUUCUACAGAAGCUGUGCCAAUUCGCCUUGUAAAUGGGCCGAAUAAGUAUUCUGGGCGGGUUGAAGUCUUCCAUGGCGGAGCUUGGGGGACCGUUUGUGAUGACUAUUUCGACCGUAACGAUGCUGAGGUCAUUUGUCGAAUGCUAGGAUUAUCUACCAAUGACAGCAAAAUAGAAGCAUUUCAACAAGCACAUUUCGGCCAGGGUAGCGGGAGAAUUGUCUUAGAUGACCUGGAAUGUUAUGGUUAUGAAUCUAGCCUAGAGCAUUGUCAUUCCUCUGGCUGGAUGAUUGAGAACUGUGGACACCAAGAGGAUGCAGGUGUCUCAUGUCAUGCCACAAUACGCUUGGUCGACGGAAGCAGUAAUUACUCAGGUCGGGUGGAAGUGUACCAUGAUGGAGAAUGGGGGACUGUAUGUGAUGAUAGUUUUGGUCUGAAUGAUGCAAAGUUUAUCUGCAGACAACUAGGGAUGUAUUAUGGAGAUAGGUAUAGUAUAAUAUUCAUUGUUAUCAUGCGUAUAAUAGAGAUAUCACAGAGAGAUAAUAUCUUAAUUUAAAGAGUAAUUUAGUUU